AUUGUUAGAAUUAUUCAUCACUUACUAAUUUCUUAAUAAUUCGUAUGUUUCUCGUAACAAUCUUAUGCUUCUUACUAAGCCAAUAAACCCAUACGAAAGUGUAAAAUUAUCAAUAACUCAUAUCGUAAGUGAAAGACGGACAAGUAUUAAUUUCGUAUUUGUUACGAAAUUUGCAUAAAGUGAGAUUUAUCGAUAAAUAUAUAUAAACAACAUAAUAUCCACUGCAAAUUUGAAACAGUAACUAGUAUUCUAUCAUUAACAAAAUGAGUACAAUUGACAAAGUCUUGACAAAAUCUACUCCUACUAAAAAUAUAAAUGAACACAAUACCCAUAGCGUUGAAGAUAUUCAGAUACCUGUACCAUGGGGCAUCAUAAGCGGAAAAUGGUGGGGACCAAUUGAUCAACAACCAAUUGUGGCAUUGCAUGGAUGGCAAGAUAAUGCUGGAACAUUUGAUAAAUUAAUUCCAUUACUACCAUCAAAUGUAGCCAUUCUAGCUAUAGAUUUACCAGGUCAUGGUUUAUCUUCCCAUCUUCCCAUUGGACAAUUUUAUUAUAUAUUUUGGGAUGGGCUUAUUAAUCUACGUAGAGUUGUUAAACAUUAUAAGUGGAACAAGGUGAAAUUACUUGGACAUUCCUUAGGAGGAGCAAUAUCAUUUUUAUAUGCUGCAUCUUUUCCUGAUGAAGUAGAAUUCAUGAUAAGUUUAGAUAUUGCAAGUCCCAGUGUAAAAGAUAUAACAAAAAGUCCUGAUAUAAUUAGUGAUAAUAUUGACAAAUUUCUAAAAUAUGAAUCACUGCAAUCUGGUGGUAUUCCAUCCUACGAUUAUAAUGAAGUGCUUGAAAUUGUUGAAGAUGCUUAUAAAGGUUCCAUAACUAAAGAAGGCGCAAUAAUAUUAAUGAAACGUGGUUUACGACCUGCCGGUGAACCUGAGCGAUAUUAUUUUUCACGUGAUCCGCGAUUGAAGGUUUCUGCAUUGGGUAUGAUAUCUUUGGAUCUAGUACUUGCAUAUGCAUCUCGAAUAAAGUGCGCUUAUCUUAAUAUUCGUGCUGUACCCGGAAUGAAAUUUGAUAAUCCAGAAUCUUAUGAAAAAGUAUUAGAUAAAAUAAAACUAGGUGCUAAAAGAUUUGAAUACCACAAAGUAGAAGGAACUCAUCAUGUACAUUUAAAUAAUCCUGAAAGAAUUGCACCUAUAAUUAACAAUUUCAUAAGUACUUAAUGAUUAAAUAUUUUUAACUGUAAACUGUGAAAUUUGUUUAAAAAUGAGUCAUGAGUUAAAAAUAUCACAAAAAUAAUAAAUGUUACUAGUUACAAGGCCAAUGAACGAUGUUUUUAUAGUAUUUAGUGAUAUAUUAUUUUAAUGGGUAUUAUAUUUACUAGCCAACGGCGAUAACGCAUUAAAGUUUUGCUAACGUAGCGCAGCAAACUUAUACCGGUUUAUGCUUCUACGCAUAACUUAGCGAUAAAUGACCUCAAAGCGAUAUACAUUAUCAUUACGUUUUUUCUUGUAUUAACUUAAUUUCCAUAAUUUUAACGAAAAGAAAAACGAUUUUGGUACUAUACGCAAAUGUAACUUAUUUUUU